AUUCUACAAGAUGCUACCUUCCAAGCGAGUUCCAUUUCUUUUCACCAUUAUCCUGUUUCUGGCUGGACUGGGUCAGCACACAACUGAAAGUGUACUUCCAGACUGCGUUCUUUAUCCAAGAUGUUUGAUCACAAAGGAUCCGUGUUGCAUGUAAAGCAUCUAUAGAAAUCAAAGAAGGAUCUUGUAUAUGGAAGUGGAAAUGUGGUUCAAAAUAUCAGCACUUCUCAAGGCUGUAACAAAAACUGCACUCUGUUUUUAUAAAUACAAAUAUCCACAAAUAUCUGGUCUUAACAUGGCAACAUUUCAAGUCUUCCAAUAAAUCAUUUUCGUUUUUAUUGUG